AUGCAGUUUUUCGUUCGCAUCUUGGGCGUGGCCUUGGGCAUACUGGCAGCUGCGCUCGUGUUCCUAGCCUUCUCCCAUCAGCACGUACAGUCCCGGUCGCAGGCCCGGCAUUUCCACAAUAAAAACGUUCAAGUCCGAUCAAAUCGAGCAGCACUGGCUGUGUCCAGCAAUGGCUUUCUUCUGUACGGCCAUCCCUUUGACAUCUGGAGUGGCAGCCUUCACUACUUUCGCAUUCCCGCCGAAUAUUGGCUCGACCGUCUGGAAAUGGCCAAGCACAUGGGUCUCAACACCAUCAGCACCUACGUGCCGUGGAAUUUCCACGAAGUGGGCCCGGGCUCUUUUGACUUUGAGACCCAUGCGCAUGACCUAGCCCGCUUUCUCAACCUUGCUCACGAGGUUGGCCUGCGCGUGCUCAUCCGCCCUUCGCCGUACAUUUGUGCCGAGUGGGACUUUGGUGGCCUUCCAGCUCGCUUGAUGGCCAAUCCAGACCUCGAGUUGCGGAGCUCCAACGAUGCGUUCCUUGAUGAGGUUGAGCGCUAUUACGACGCCCUCAUGCCUAUUCUUCGGCCCCUGCAAGCCAGCAAUGGUGGUCCAAUCAUUGCCUUCUACGUGGAGAAUGAAUACGGUAGCUACGGGGCAGACCGCGACUACCUGCAGGCCUUGGUAGCCAUGAUGCGCGAUCGUGGCAUUGUGGAGCAAAUGUUCACCUGCGACAACGCUCAAGGAUUGUCUCGCGGCGCCCUACCCGGAGCCCUACAGACCAUCAAUUUUCAAGACAAUGUUGAGCGGCACUUGGAUCAGCUGGCGCACUUUCAGCCAGACCAACCUCUGAUGGUCUCCGAGUACUGGACGGGAUGGUUUGAUCACGAUGGCGAGGAGCACCAUACUUUUGACUCUGAGGACUUGGUCGAAGGCCUGCAAAAGAUUCUUGAUCGAGGGGCAUCCUUCAACCUCUACGUCUUUCAUGGCGGCACCUCAUUUGGCUGGAAUGCCGGCGCCAAUUCUCCAUAUGCUCCUGACAUCACGUCCUACGACUACGAUGCCCCGUUGAGCGAGCACGGCCAAGUGACCCCCAAGUAUGAGGACAUUCAGAUGGUUCUCAUGUCCUACGGUGCGGAGCAUCCCCGCCGUCCCCAUUACCACAGUAACAGCAACCCCUAUCAAGUGAUGGCAAGCCACCUGACUUACAUGGAGGAGCUGCCACACACAAACGGGCAGGGCUAUGUCCUGUACUCGACGAACCUCGAUCUCCAGGCCUCUGAGCGAACCUUGGUGAUCAACGGCAUUCGAGACAGAGUGAUCGUCUAUUGCAAUGGGCAGCGAAUUGCUCUCCUGCCUCUCAAAUACACUCAUGCUGCCACGCGUCUUUUGGACCUGCUGGUGGAGAACGCGGGUCGCAUCAAUUACGGGGAGGCAAUUGGAGAGCACAAAGGACUUGAUGAGGCCUUUUGGCUGGACGAAGAGGAACAAGCUCACAUGGCUGUCAUCCCCUGGGAUCGCAUGGGGCAUUUAACGGAUGACACGCCAGGUGCACCGCGCCUCUACCGCGCUUUCAUCCCGCGCCCUCCUGAUCUGGGCACGGGCGUGCCUGACACUUACAUUGACACGCGGGAUUGGGGGCGUGGUGCCAUGUUUCUCAAUGGCUUCAACUUGGGGCGGUUCUCGCGAGCCGGUCCGCAAUGGCAACUCUACCUGCCAGGACCAUUUUUCACACGCGAGACCAAUGAACUGGUCAUAUUGGAGACGGAUCCGCAAGCCGAGGUACCAACCACAGUCAAGUUUCUUGAUCACCCGCUUUGGUGA